AUGAAGAUCAAGACGCUCAGCCGCUCCACCGCCUCGGUGCAGGCCCCCGGAUCCAAUGUUUCCCAGGUCACCCGCAACCUCGACCCCAACCAGCACCCCUUUGAGCGCGCGCGAGAAUACACCAGAGCUCUCAAUGCGACAAAGAUCGAGCGCAUGUUUGCGCAGCCCUUCCUCGGCAGCUUCGAGCCUGGACACGUCGAUGGAGUGUACUCGUUUGCAAAGGACCCCAAUUCGCUCGAGCACUUUGCCAGCGGCAGCGGUGACGGCAUUGUAAAAGUCUGGGACUUUACAAGCAGAGAGGAAAAAUGGCAGGCACAGGCACACGAGAACCUGGUCAAGGGCAUGUGCUGGACGCGAGACAAGAGGCUGAUCACCUGCGGCUCCGACCGUCAGAUACAAAUGUUCGAGCCCUACGCCCAGCCGUCUCGGUCGCCGCCAAAGGCAACCUGGCACGGCAAUUCAGCCUUUACAUCCGUCUCGCACCAUCGCUCGCUGCCCACCUUUGCUGCCGGCUCUAGUGUCAUAUCCAUAUACGACACAUCAAGGACUUCGGGUGCACCCGUCUCGAGCCUUGUUUGGCCAUCUGCUAUCGAUACGAUUACCGACGUCAAGUUCAACCAAGUCGAAACCUCCAUCCUCGCUUCAUGCGCGACCGAUCGAGCCGUCAUCCUCUACGAUGCACGCACAAACUCGCCUCUUCACCGCACAGUCCUCAACUUUGCCGCCAACUGCCUCUCCUGGAACCCAAUGGAGGCCUACAACUUUGCUGUGGCGUCUGAAGACCACAACGGAUACAUCUUUGACAUGCGUAACAUGAAGCGAGCGUUACAAGUCCUGAAAGGACAUGUUGCCGCGGUCAUGUCGAUCGAGUUCUCGCCCACAGGAGAGGAACUCAUUACUGGCAGCUACGACAAGACCAUCCGUUUGUGGGAGCGUCAAAAGGGUCAUUCCCGAGACGUCUAUCAUACAAAGCGAAUGCAGCGCGUCUUCUCAGUCGCCUGGAGCCCCGACAACAACUAUGUCAUCAGCGGAUCAGAUGACGGUAAUGUCCGUCUAUGGCGAGCAAGAGCAUCUGAACGGCGGGGCGUCAAGUCAUUUGCCCUACGCCAGAAGCUGCAGUACGACGAAGCACUCAAGGAGCGAUACAAGCACAUGCCAGAGAUCAAGCGCAUCGACAAACACAGGCAUCUCCCCAAGACGGUCAAGAAGGCUGGCGAGAUCAAGAACGAGGAGCUCAAGUCUAUCAAGAGGAAGGAGGAGAACGAAAGGAGACAUACCAAGAAGGGCGAGGUCAGGCGGAGGGCUGAGCGUGAAAAGAUGAUUCUAGCACGAGAGCAAUGA